AUCCGCGUCCGUUAGCGAGGCCACGGGGAAUUCGCGUCUAAUAAAACCCUAGUGCACAAAACCCCAAAGGCGCCAUUACCACCAGCAGCAGCAACAGCAGCCGCAGCUGCCGAUCCUUCGGAAAGAAGAGAAGAUGCCGAAAUCCAAGCGCAACAGACCAGUGACACUGUCAAAAACAAAGAAGAAGGGAAGGGAGCAUAAGGAAUCGAUAGUAAAUUGCAUCAGGCAAGCAUUAGAAGAUUACAGUACAGUCUAUGUUUUCUCUUUUGAGAACAUGAGAAAUCUAAAGUUCAAGGAGUUCAGAGAGCAGCUGAAGUCUAGCAGCAGAUUUUUCCUUGGAUCAAACAAAGUCAUGCAGAUUUCGUUGGGCCGAUCUGUUGCUGAUGAAGUUAAGCCGGGAGUUCAUAAAGUUUCAAAGCUUCUACGUGGUGAUGCUGGGCUUUGUUUUACCAAUCUACCUAAAGAGGAGGUCGAAAGGUUGUUUGAAGGGUAUGAAGAACAUGACUUCGCUAGGACAGGAAGCGUUGCAACAGAAAAGGUGGAGCUGAAAGAAGGUCCUUUAGAACAGUUCACGCACGAGAUGGAACCCUUCCUGCGCAAGCAGGGGAUGCCUGUUCGCUUGAACAAAGGAAUUGUGGAGCUAGUUUCCGACUUUGUCGUGUGUGAGGAAGGAAAGCCUUUAUCUCCAGAAUCAGCUCGUAUACUGCGCUUGCUUGGUGAGAAGAUGGCAACGUUCCGUCUCCACCUCAUCUGCCGGUGGAGCCCAGAUGACUUUGAAGUCUACAGGGAUGGGCUAGACCAUUCAGAUAUUGAGUCCUCAUAGGCCCCCCUUCGAACACGUGUCCGUUUAAAAUGCGGUUGGUAAUGUUGUGUUUGCAGUUAAUGGCAUUAGCAAGUGGUGGUAGCAGUUAUAUUUGGGUGAGAUUUUGUUCUUCCUUUACCCAUAAAAAGGAGACAACAUAGUUAUUUGUUUGGCUUUGCUUGUAAUCUGAUCAUUUUUGGGAAGACGAUGGCUGUCUGUGUUAGGCUGAUCAUCCUUGUAGGUUAUGGGCACAUCCAGAUGAUGACCACCAUAUCAAUGGUCUUGAUCAUUGCAAACAUUUAACACUUGCUAAGCAUUCCUCCAUUUGAGCUCUGGAUGAGCCUCA